CACACACAAAGAAGAAGAAUUAAACGGAAGAACAACUUCCGCACUAGCGUUUUUAUUUAGACGUAUUAACAUCCUGGAACUCAAAAUAUUAUUAAUUCAACUGCACACCCCAUGUAGUGUUUAGUUCGAGUUGGAGACAGGAUUUGUUUGAUAGCUAACUAACUAGCUAGCUGCUAACAAUGGCUAACAGUAUGAUUUUUCACACUCAAAUAGCCUCCAUCAUGGAGGUUCUAGCGAAUGCAGCCGUGGCAGAGAUCUGUAAACUCGUAGACGACGACUAUGCAGUGUUUCGUUUGGAAAUAACUCAAAGCCAGAAAGAAAACAGGGCAUUGCGGAGGAAACUACUGGAAUUGAAGGUGGCACGGGAACGCGCAGAAAGGACAACGCGAGAGCGCGUCCUCGCCAGUCGUCCCAGUAGUGUCAAGAUCGUCGAACGAUACAGAGGAAUGGCAAGAGGUGAAGGACAUCCCACUGGAGGCCACAGGAACUUUGUAAAGCCAGCGGGACACAAUACAUGGGGAGAUGACCAACCAAUCACUGUUGAUAAGGGGAGUGGAACCUCAACCCAGCACGUUAUCGUGAUAGAGUCUGCAGAUGCAGAGUCUGAAGGUCCUGGUGUCAAGCAGGAGAGAUCUGAAGGAGAGGAGGACACACGGCACAGCAGAGACAUCCAGACUGGAACGGCUGAAGCGCCCCCUGUAGCGCCCCCUGUAGCCAGAGAGGACCCCACCGUCCCAGCGCAGACAAGGACCCGACGCAGCAUCACGGAGGAGGAGGAGGGUCCAGAGGUGCUGCUGGUGAAGGAGGAGGGGUGUGAGGAGGGUCUGGGGAACCCUGAGGGGACCAUGGUCAUGGAGGACAACCAGACUACACCUCCUCCUGAACCCACAGAGGAACCAGCUGAGCAGCACAGGACCACACACAGUCUCACUGAGUCAGUAGACAUGGAGGAUGGGAAGCCUGAUCUGCUGCUAGUCAAAGAGGAGACAAUAGAAGACGGACCAAAGAGCAUUGACCUGCUGAGUGGACUAAAGAUGGGGGAGCAAGGUGGUUGGCUGGAGGCUAACAGAGGAGACUGGGCUGCCAUCUUGGAUUCCAAGACCGGUGCAGCCAAUAUCCCAGGGGACGACAUCACUGAGCAGGCCAGGACCAGAGGCAACAUCAUAGUGGAGGUCAGUGGAUGGGACAGCGUCCUCAACUCUGGGCUGGGGAACAACGCUGUUCACCACAACCAGAAACAGACAGUGGAACACAAAACAACAUCCGAACUUAGUCUACAUGACAACAGACUGGCUGAGACCAGGGCGAGGCGUAGAGUUGGUCUGCGGGGUCGGGGAGGUGUCCGUAUGCAGCUUGAGGGAACAGACACAGAUUCGGCUAGCGAUGCUCCGUCUUGCUCCUAUAGUUGUGAUUCAGAGAGACUGAUGGUGCCUCAGGUUAACCCCCUAACAGGUGCUGCCUUCAGCCUGCCUUCUAUAGGAUCUAUCAGCUGGAACAUGGACCCUGCGACAACACAGACACUCCCUGGCCUUCGUCCUCCUCACACUCUCCUUAUGUUAAACCAGACCUCAGACAAUGCCAGUGCCUCAACAAUAAAUGGCUACACAAGCCCAUUGACAAAUGACAGUAGUAGUAAAACUCUCAGCAGAUCUGGUGGCAAAGAGAAGCGCUUCCCGUGUUCAUUCUGUGGGAAAGCUUUCAGUUUCCCCAAACAGGUCGAGAUCCACCAGAGGAUGCACACAGGGGAAAAACCAUUCAGCUGCCAUCUGUGCCGGGUCAGUUUCUCCCACUCGUCCAGCCUGAAGAGGCACCAGAUGGUCCACACAGGGUUGAAACCCUUCAGCUGUACCCAGUGUCACAUGCGCUUCGCCCAGGCUGGUGACCUGAAGAGGCACCAGAGGAUCCACACAGGGGAGAAACCCUACAGCUGCUCACAGUGUGAGAAGAGGUUCACCCGUCAGAACCAGCUAAAGAUACACCUGAAGGUCCACACAGGAGAGAGGCCGUUCGCCUGUACGCAUUGCAGGAAGAGGUUCUCAGAGAGGAACUACCUCAGGAUACACCAGCAGAAAAACCAUUCCGCUCUAUAGCUUCUGACGUUUUGGGCAAACCCUUCAAUAAAGACAAAGACUAAUUUUCAUUGUUGUCAGCAGAAAAUAUCCACAGAUGCAUUUGGAAUAACGAGAGUAACAGAUUUCAGUGUUGAAUAUUCCUGGGUAGAAUAUUGCAUCCAGACAUUGUGUGAUAAAUAAGGCAUAUAUAAGCCUAAAAAGUCUGUUACAUAGUGUUUGUACUGUGUAGGUUAGGAUGUUCACAAAUGCCUAUUUCAUUACUUCCGUUCAACUACUUUUUUCCCCAAGACACUCUUAAUGAAAAAAUGAAUGCAGGUUAUUAAGUUCAUGCUCAUUUUAAGUUGAGACCUCUGUGUGGUUUUCAUAUGGUGUAUGUAAAACUUGUUUAUGUUCAAUAAACACAAAAUGGGACUUUU